CUGGAGCUGCAGAAGGAGGAAAAACAAGCCCGGCGUCACAGGAGGUGGAGGGCGGAGGCGGAAAGGAGGCGGCGCUACUGUACUCAUAUCCAUGUAUAUUUACUGAAAUACAACCUCUGCUGACCAAACUACACACUGAGGCUGUUUGUGAGUCAGAGGAGCCGCUUUUCUCCGGAGGUGCUGCAGAGAGGAUGCCUUUGUGUCCACAGCUCACACCUGGAACAAGGAGAGCUGUUGGUUGUGUUUGACAGCUUGUUUCUCUCUCUUUCUGCUGCUCGCACCUCAAACAAAGGAGUUAUUUCCUUGUGUGACUUCUUUUUUUUUAAGGAAUUGGAAUAUGCGGUUUUCGCUCGAUAACCGGACUUGAUAGUAACCUGUAGCUCCACCUGCGACCACAACAAGAGGCUUUACAAGAAAAAAAGAAAAACAGCAGGGCGCUUCUUUUAGAAGAUUUACAACAGUGUGCAUUUUUAUUUAUAUUUUUUGCACGUUUUUUUCCUUCCUUCAAGCCUUUAUUUUGAAAGGUUGCUGACAGUGCAAUAACUUUCCUCAGCAGAUAAGAGGCGCGUUUACGUUGUUUUUACGCACGUAAAAAAGAGACGCUUGGGCGAGACGAGCCCGCGGGCAGCUUCAGGUGCAAAGAAGAUUAUAAAGAACCCAAAAAGCUAAGGUAGUCCAGCCUUCAUCAGCAUGACGGACGGUGCCAGACAGAGGAGCAGCACGUCGGGCUCUGCCAAGGAUGCUGCCGGCGAGCAGGAGUCAGGAGGAGGAGGAGGAGUGGCGCUCAAGAAGGAGAUCGGGCUUGUGAGCGCCUGUGGUAUCAUUGUUGGUAACAUCAUCGGCUCAGGUAUCUUCGUCAGUCCCAAGGGCGUGAUGGAGAACGCCAGCUCUGUGGGCGUGGCCUUGGUGGUCUGGAUCAUCACGGGCGUCAUCACGGCCAUCGGGGCGCUCUGCUACGCCGAGCUGGGCGUCACCAUCCCCAAGUCGGGCGGAGACUACUCCUACGUCAAGGACAUCUUCGGAGGACUGGCAGGGUUCCUGCGUCUGUGGAUCGCCGUGCUGGUCAUCUACCCGACUAACCAGGCCGUGAUCGCGCUGACGUUUUCCAACUACGUCCUGCAGCCUCUUUUCCCCACCUGCUUCCCGCCGGAGAACGGCCUGCGUCUGCUGGCGGCUGUCUGCCUCUUGCUGCUGACGUGGGUGAACUGCUCCAGUGUGAGGUGGGCCACCAGAGUGCAGGACAUAUUCACCGCCGGCAAGCUGCUGGCCCUCGCCCUCAUCAUCAUCAUGGGCAUCGUGCAGAUCUGCAAGGGAGAGUACUACUGGUUGGAGCCAGCCAACGCCUUCGAGCCCUUCCAGGACUAUGAUGUGGGUUUGAUAGCCUUAGCGUUCCUACAAGGCUCCUUCGCUUACGGAGGCUGGAACUUCCUCAACUACGUCACAGAGGAGCUGGUCGACCCCUAUGUGAACCUUCCCCGUGCCAUCUUCAUCUCCAUCCCCCUGGUGACCUUCGUCUACGUCUUCGCCAACAUCGCCUACGUCACGGCCAUGAGCCCGCAGGAGCUGCUCGCCUCCAACGCUGUUGCUGUGACGUUCGGUGAGAAGCUGCUGGGCGUCAUGUCGUGGAUCAUGCCCAUCUCUGUGGCUCUCUCCACCUUCGGGGGAGUCAACGGGUCCCUCUUCACCUCCUCACGGUUGUUCUUUGCUGGAGCCAGAGAGGGCCACCUCCCCAGUCUGCUGGCCAUGAUUCAUGUGAAGCGCUGCACUCCCAUCCCCGCUCUGCUCUUCACUUGCCUGUCCACCCUGCUCAUGCUGUGCACCAGUGACAUGUACACCCUCAUCAACUACGUGGGCUUCAUCAACUACCUCUUCUAUGGAGUCACUGUCGCCGGGCAGAUUGUGCUGCGUAUUAAGCAGCCCGACAUGCACCGACCAAUCAAGAUCAGCCUCAUCUGGCCGGUCAUUUACCUCAUCUUCUGGGCCUUCCUGCUCAUCUUCUCCCUCUACUCGGAGCCCGUGGUGUGUGGCAUCGGCCUGGCCAUCAUGCUGACUGGCGUCCCCGUCUAUUUCCUGGGAGUCUACUGGGACAACAAGCCGCAGUGCUUCGACGCCUUCGUUGAUAAGAUGACGUACCUGGGCCAGAAGUUCUGCGUGGUCGUGUAUCCGGCCGUAACAGCGAGCAGCGAUGCGAGCGGCGAGGAGGGCGAGGAGAUGAAGGAGGCCAGGUCUCCUCUGUCCAAAGACGACGGAGACAACCACAAAUCAGCGGACUGCUAAAGUCUUUACCCCCCCCCCCCCCAAACAGACAUAUGCAGACGCACAUGUGGCUGCGCACACACACACACACACACACACACACACACACCAGUUUGUAGUGGAUUAACUGAUCAACACUUUGUCUUAUAUUUUUUUUAUUUGUAUCAAUCAGUAACUUUUGUGCCAAAUAUAGCGAGAGAUAUUUAGAGUAAUAUGACCUCAAACGUUUCGGUCUGGGGUCCUUCAAAAGUGCAAUAAAGAACUCCAACUCCUCAGUGCACGCUUAAACGCAUCAUCAUCAUCAUCAGCAGCAGCAGCAUCAUCAUCAGCAUCAUCAUCAUCAUCAUCCUGCUUCUCUUCCUCCACACACUCCCUGCACACUCCUACUAUAAGAGCAUCUUUUUUUUUUUGUGUAUUUUUUAUUUUUAUCAAAAGACUCUAAUGUGACGCAGAGCUUUUUUUUUUCUUUGUUUUUUCUUCUUCUUCUUCUUGAUGACAUGUCGCGUUCAACACAACACACCAAAGCUGUAUUUUUGAUUGUCGAAGCAGAAAAUCACAUCCAGAUCAAGUCAUUUCAUGUCGUGAAGUACACUAAGUACAGUGUUUUGUUUUUAAAAGGUGACUGUGAUUCCGAAUUUAUUUUUUUCUCCGAAUUUUUUUGUAAUUGUGAUAAUUGUUUAUAUCAUUUUGACUUUGUUGUUAUUGUAGUUUUAAUAUGUUUAAUUUGUAGUUUUGUUGAUAUUCUUUUUUUCAUUUUUUUUUCUAUUCAACAUCAUAUACAUCUGGGCCUAUUUUUUUACUCUUGGGGAAGUGUACGCCUGAAAGCUGAUGUGUGAUCUGUACUAUGUAUUGGUUAAAUGGUGCACAGUUCUUGUUAAUUGCCUUAAUUAGAAUAUAGUCUGUACUUGGGCGCCAUAACAGCUUCGUUUUGAAUGACGUGGAGAGACGGUUUGUCCUCAUACUUUUGGGUAGUUUUUUAGUUUUUAUGGAAGUAACAAAACAACAAAAAGUGUCAGUUUUUUCCUUUUUACGGACACUACACUGAUAAUAACCCGUUAAAACUGCAAGUCCAGCGCGGACAUAAACAAGUAGAAAGGAAAUAAAUAGGCAAUACAUGAUAGUGUUCACCACAUUUGCAUUAAUGUGCAAAUCCUACACCGACACAUGUGAAUGCCUGCGUGAAAAACAGUUUAAAAGAGGCAUUGAUUGUCUUACUUACAUGUUUUACGGAAGAAGUAUUUUUGUAGCUUGCCAUCUACCUGUGUUUAGAUGAUUUUUUGUUCUUUAUUUAGGCUGUAGAAAUUAGAGCUUUACAUUACACACUUUAGAUUAGGGAACACACAUUCAACAUUAAUUAGUUGCUUAUUAGCAUUCAAAUAAGUAACAUAUUGGCUCUUAAUUACUAAAUUCUAAAUAACUACUUAAUAAUGACUAAUUAAGAGCCAAUAUGUUACUUAUUUGCAUGCUAAUAAGCAACUAAUUAAUGUUGAAUAUGUGUUCCCUAAUCUAAAGUGUUACCAUAUUUUUUGAUUAGAAGAGAUUUUAGUGCAAUAUUAGUGUAAAGGCACCAGCAAAAAACGAAACACGCACCCUUGAUUGAAGCCGCUCCGUGUCGUUCUGUAUCUGUAGUUACGCUGUAUUAUAAUUAUAGUCACAGCACUCAUGCGCACACACACACACACACACACACACACAUUAUGUACCCUUGUGUCUUCAGUCUUUCUCUAACCUGUUAGUGACUCAGGACAUCCCCGCUGCCUUCUGCCCCACUGCCGAAAACCUCCAGACCGUGAAAACUUUUUUGAAAAUCCAGUCUGUUUGUGCUGAAUAUCCGUACUGGUGCUUUUUAGGUAUUUAUUUCCUCAGGAGUCUCAACUUUUAACCCCCAAAAAAAGAAAAAAAAUCUGACAGAAUGAGUUUCAUUUCAGUCCGGGCCAGUAUUGUGUAGGUUUCUGUUGUUAAGGGGAACAGGGUGUCUUGGAUGUCUUUACAAGUACAAUGAUUGUGUUUGUGCCUGUAUGGUUGUUGUGUUUAUACACAGAUGUCAUGACAGUCUGUAUGUAUGUUGUUUCUUGGUAAAUAAAAACCACUAACUAAGGUUUGAAUUUGUAAUUCAGAGCCUCAUUUAUAUUUGAAAAAAAAAACCUCAAGUCUUUAUCUUUAUUCCGUUGUGCGAUCAUUUCAAAGAAUGUGAUUAAACUCCUCAUUUUUGCUCCGUUUUUUAUCCUUCAAAAUAAAAUUUUCAGAUUUCUACUGUACAUAAAUGAGGCCUGAAAAUGUUUCAACCUCAGAAAACAAAUGCUGCAACUUCAUGUGAUAAAGGAAUACUUCACCCCCAAAAUAAUAACUUGUCAAUAACCCAGUGUUACCUUGAAUUUGUGGAGGAAAAAUAUUGUUUUUCUUGACCCAAACACGUGGAUUUUACUAAAAGGCUGCCCCUGUUUACUUCAUUUCACCAAGAUUUUUUUCUGUUCUGAUAUUCUCCAUUCACCACAGAGUAAUUAGUGUACAAAUGAUCAUUUUGGGGGGUUAAAUAUUCCUUUUAACUGCUGAUUUUGUUUAGACCCUUGUCUUAAUUUCUUGCUGCUCAAGAUCCCCUAAUAAGCUACAACCUGCACCUCUUUGCUCCAAUUCAGACCAAAACUGGCCUUCAAUAUGGUGGAAAUAUGAAGUUUUCUAUGUAUGCUGAUAAUUAAUUCUCCUCCUAGUAAAACACCAUCUCACAACAACACACUGCCUGAUAAGAAUUUUAUGUCUAAAUCAUUUUGUGAAGUUGCCGUUUGCAGUCUAGAAACCAUCGUGACUCUCAAAACUUAAGUCUAUUUUUGUGUUAAAAAUGUAAAUGUACAUAUUGGUGGUGAGUGUUUGACAAGAAUAAAAGUUAUAAGACGUU